CUGACUCAGGGAGAGCCCCCACAUCUCAUCGAGAUUCCAAUCUCCAUUCGUCGACUUCUCACUUGCUUAAGUCAAGCCCUUCUCUCUCUCUCUCUCUCUCUCUCUCCAUCUCUCUGAGCUCGUCAAUGGCGGAGUACGACCCACAGCACCGCCACGCGCCGCCGCCAGUCCCCAAGGAGACGGCGGCCCUGCAGGCCCUGAACACCAUAAUACAGCUCCACUUCGAGAAGACCCUCGAGAAAAAGCGCUCCAUCGACCUCCAGAAGAAGCAGCUCCACAAGCUCACCCAGUUCUUCUUCCUCUUCCUCGCUCUCGUCUUCGUCGCCCUCACCAGCGGCGGCGGACGCCUCCAGUGCCGACAUUGCUGGGUCCCCAUCGCCCUGCUCUCCCUCGCCAGCCUCGCAUUCUACGUCUCCGUCGCGCAGACCCUCCGCUGCAUCAACGGAUUCAAGUACCAGCGGCGCUGCCACAAGCUCACCCUCGGCCUCGCCACCGAGAAGCUGAGGGAGAUGAAGAUGAGGAUAAUGACCGGCGCUGGUGGCGGGUUUGAAGACGACGGCGGGGAGUUCGAGAUUCAGUACCAGGAGCCGCCGGAAAGCUACCUGGGGAAGUUCAAGAGGAACUGGGCUCUCCACUUCGGGUUCUUGAUCUUGAUCUACGGCUUCAUGGUCUCGGCCUCUGUUGUCAUCCUCUGCUUCUGAAAAUCGGAAUAAAAUUCAAACUUUUUGCCGGGUUAGAGGGAAAUUCCAUUUGGGAUUUCUUCAGAACUAUGUAUCAUUCAAUCUGUAUGUCUCAAAUCCUGAAACACAGAUUCAUCACUCACAAUA